UCCAUUUUGUUGCAAUUCAGAUUCGGAAGAGGGGAAGUGGUGCAUUCACGGCCACUUCGGUGUGACACCAUCAAGCUUCUAAGGUGACGGAUUUGUGUAGGAAAUAUAGCUCGCUGUGCUUCCUACAUAGUCCGCAGCAGGAUUUCAGAGGCUUUCCAUACAUGUAUUUUUUUCUGACGAAGGGCUUCAACAACCAAGCCUGAAGAAGUCGGUCCUCGACUUCGAGCAUCGUGUGCCGAGGUGAAUUGAUGUUCAGCUCGGUUCCACGGAAAAACAACGCUCAUUGGCACAUGAGAACCUCAGAUCUUGCUGGACACAAAAGUGCAGCGAGAAGUAGACAGAAAACUACUUCGAGGACCUGGGGCCCGGUUGGAGGUGAACGAUUGAAGAGCGAUCUCUGCUUCAACAUCAACUUUCUCACAACAAAGAGGUGACACGUAGUGCAGCAGCAGUAUGGGAGGUGGAGAAAGGUACAACAUUCCAGUUUCCCACCCUGAGCGCCCUUUGCCCAAGAAGAACCUGGGCAGGGCCAAGCAGAGGAGCCGUGACCAGAACGGAUCCGUGGCAUCUGCAGGAGGGGCAGGAGGCCUUCACCACCACGGCCACCGCCGAAGCGACAAAGGUGCUGCCUACCUUAGGUCCCCGGAGGCGCGGCAGGCCGCGUCUGCAGAGAAAAACGCCUCCGUGCGUUUCGCCACCAACUAUGAUCAGAACUGGGAGGGUGCCGUGUCUCACCUCAACACGCUCCUGGCGACGCAGGGCAGCCCGAGCUACGCCGGGCCCAAGUUCAGCGAGCCACCCUCGCCCAGCGUGUUGCCCAAACCCCCCAGUCACUGGGUGUCUUUCCCAAUAGGUUCCUGUGACAACAGGGAGAUGAUGGCCUUCCAGCUCAAGAGUCUCCUGAAGGUGCAGGCCUGAGAGGGACACCUGCACUUGAUAGUUAAAAGAAAGCCAACAUAUGGACUGGGACUCCCUUGAGGUACACGCCUACCAGGAACGCUUUAUUGCUGUAACUUUUUGUUUAUGCAUUUUUAAACCGAUCACUUGGACGGUUAAGUAUUCACAGCAACUACGUGCUGUUAAUAUUUAACCAGUUUUAAAGCCAGUGUUUUAAAAACGUUACAGCAUUGCAGCCUUGCUGGUUGAUGGGGCCUUAGGAGUCAGAUUCCGCGACUCAUGAAAAACUGGAUAUCCUUUGUGCUUUUAUUUUGUUUUGUUCUUUUUAGUGUUGGCUGUUGAUGCAGACUGAGUGUGCUUUUCUCCCAAACAAGGGUUUAUAGGUCAGGUAAAUUCCCAUCACUUUUAUAGUCCACUUCUUUGGACAGACAUGCCUUUCAUUUUCAUGAAUUUUGAAGGUGAUUAAUUUUUUUCUUCCUUUUUUUUGAGUCACCUCUAAACUUUCAGGUGCUAAAGCAAUUUCACGUUUGUAGCAUUUUUGACAAGGGCCACCUUAUUUUUCUUAUAUAUCACAUUCCUUGUUUGGGACGGAGAGGGCACUGGGCUGCAAUUCUGCAGGGAAAAAAGCUAUUUUACUCAAGAUACUGAACUGUAGUUGAUGUGAUUACAUGUCAAAGAUAUAACCUCAAACAAAGGGUAAAAAGAGACCAUGGCACACAAGCCUUGAACCGCCAACUCCUGUACCCUUUUUUUAUUGCGCUGUGCGCACAUGCACUAUAGGAGUUGUGUGUGUAUAAGGUUUGCAACACUCUAUCAUAGCAUUAUUUUGUACAAGUCCUCUUUUGUUUGGUUGAAAGAUGAAAUGUUUGUAACCAAAGCAAUGCUGUUUUUCCCCCCUUCCUCCUUUGGACAUCUUCAGUGCUGUUGGCACUGACGCCACUGCCACUUAAACCUUGCCAGCCCGAGAGGUGAAUGGGUUAAAGCUCUUUGUGUCACCUUGUCAGUAAUACUGCUCCCCAGCCUCUGCCUCCUCAGAACAGUGCUGCAGCUUAAACGUGCGGAAGAGGACCGUGGCUUGAGUCACGGUCCUGUUGGCUGCUCGCAUUUGUGCACAAGGUAAGGCAGGGGCUGUGGAAGGUCUGCCAAGUGACGUGGCACAAAGGGCAUGAGACAGGAGGCUGGUGUUUGUGUUUACAAAACAGGUCUCAGUGGUUGACCAUCCCAUAAUCAACAGACACUUGCUGUCCCUUGCCUCCUCUUAUUGUUUACCCUCUUGCACUGCAAUCAUUUUUUUCAUAAGUUACAGAUCAGGAUGCUAUAGAAACGGAGGCGCAAUUGACUCUUUAUAUUUUAGCGACUCAAUCCUCUGUCGAGGCUCUUUGCUUUCCCUUUGCAGAAUUGGAGCUGCCAGCGUAAAGACGACAAAACAGAAUAUGAGAGCUUAUUAGUGUGUUCAAGAGCCAUGUAAAUAAUGAAAUGUAUAAAGUUCUUGUAGCAUAUGUACAUUUACAGGCCAUGUUUGAGGCCUGUCUGACAAAAGUAUUUUUAGUAAUAACACUGAAUGUAUGAGACAUGCAAAGGACGUGUCUUGACUUCAAUACUGAAGAUUAUUUUUGUUAAAAAAAUCUGCCUAUAGCAUUUGUCAGUACCCCUGCACUGUCUUUCCAGAGAUCUUGCACAUGUUUUUUAUUGUUUUGUAUUCUGCAGUGUAGGGUGAAAGAUGCUAAGUGCAAAUUAAGUAAAACUAACAUUGGAUUCUAGGAGACUUGCAUAUGUAUGGAUUUUAAGUUCUGAAUGUGCUUACACUAUGUAAGCGUGACACUUUUGAUCUUAAGUUGACAAACUUUGUGCCUAAGUUAAACCCCAUGCUGAGACUAUUUUCAUUAGGAUGCUGUUCCAAAAAUUGACCAAAAGAUUUAUCUGAGCCACUUUCAGUUCUCUGCUGUUCUUCCGCCAGCUGACAGCUGAAUUAGGCUCCAUGCUGUUUAAGUACUGCCUUCUCUUUAUGUCAUUUUGUUUUCUUGCCCAGAUUGACGCAUGCAUGGCAAUGUCUCCAUACUCUAAAUUUGAAACUUGAAUUGGCUUUGAAUUUGUCCCCGAUGCGAUGUCACUGAAUACGAAGAAAUGUCCCCCGUUAAAGAUUGGUAUCAAUUGGUGUUUAAAAAAAAAAAAAAUGUAAAAGAAUGCACUGUGAAUUGAUGACAAAGUUUUACAAAAAAAAAAAUAAAUUCCCUUUCCCUUCCCCCCUA